AUGACUUCCCCAUUAGAACCGGUCGCAUCCCGACCCUCUUCGGGCGUGGCCUUUCCUCCUCAAAGGAUGCCGUCGCGGUCGAGGACACAAAGCAUAUCCAGCGACCGGCCGUCGACCGUCGCACAUAGCCUGAUGUCGCCUCCGCUGUCAGUGUCACCUGAACCGGCUUUCAUCGCCUCAUCGGCCGCCUCGCAGAUUGUCACCAACGACCACGACAGCCAUGCCGAAACAUGGUACGACCAGCAUGGCAUCGAGCCAUCAGGCGAGCCCGCUAUCGUAUCGCCCGCCGCGUUGCAGCUGAUCAACAACUUCCUGGACCAGUUGCUCUUCAACUUCCUUUGCGUUUCGCGCACCACCACGCUCUCCGCGCUGCGCCCGGCCGUGGCCGAGGUGUUGAAGCCUAAACUCGCCAAGGACGCCGUCAACCAGGCCGACGAGGAACUGCGAGAAUAUCUCGGUGGGGACGAUGAAGAUGGCAACCAGCCGCACGCUCGCGACCCUGGAUCGCCGUCUGAUUGGGAUCUGGAAUUGGCCUGGAAAAGGACCCGCCUCCGCUGCAUGGUCUAUUCAUCGCUGGGAGACAUGGAGGAAGAGGAUGAGGAUUAUUACAUGGAGCAAGGGCAUCUCGAUACCGCCCCUGAUGACCAGUUGUUCGAGGCCGUUUCACCUGCUGUCGCCAUCUUCUUGACGUCCAUUCUGGAAUUCAUGGGCGAACAGGCUCUAAUUGUCGCCGGCCAAGCUGCCUAUCACCGCCUGCGCUCCAAAUAUGACAAGGAGCUCAAGGAAGGCUCGCGGAGCCCUACGGGUGUUGCGGACAAGAUCGUGGUCGAAGACCUCGAUAUGGAGCGUGUCGCGCUCGACCGAACGCUGGGUCGACUUUGGCGGUCGUGGAAGAAGAAGAUCCGGUCGCCCGGCAUUAGCUCCAUGGAUCGCCUAGCUAGAUCUUACUCGAGGGAUUCUCUGCACUCUGCAUCUGGUCAUUUGCGCUCCCCUAGCAGCGCCGCCGAGCUCGCCGUUCCAGCCACCGUUCCUGAGCCUCAUGCAGAGUCCGAUGCUAGACCCUGCGCGGCGGCCGAACAAGCGCCAAGUGAUCCUUUGGAUGAAGAUCCGGAUUCUCGGGAAUCCUUGGAAGAUCACAUAAUUGCAGCCGACAUACCUUUACCUCUGGGGCCGAAUGACGUUGCAGAAAUUGAGGUUCCUGGUCUUGCUUUUGAUAGCGACGACGAAGGCGAGGAUGUUGAUGCGGAAGAGGAAGUCGCGCCGGUUCGACCAAAGAGUAUGAUAAUACUAUCAAUGGGCGCGAUACCCGACGUGCUGGCACCCAACCCAUCCUGGCCGCAGGUGGCCCGUAAACGCUCAAACUCAGUUCCAGCGGUUUCUCGCGCCCGCUUUGCCACGGUCGUCAAACCCCAGCCAGGGGAGUCGAGCGAAAUGCACCCCCCUACGACGGAAGAUCCUGACUCAGCCGAUAUUGCAACUCCGAUUUCAGCAACAAGACCAUCGGAAACAUCGGCCGCCGAAGCCUCGACAGUCAAGGGUGGGAUCGUUGACGGCGAAAAAGCCGCCGAGGAGGAUGACAUGAGGGAUGAUGAUGACGACGAGGUGUCUAUUGAAGAACCACGAAUCGUCAGAUCAUCGAGGGUUUCAAUCCUCGGCCGAAGUCCGUCAACAACAUCUUCCGAGCCUGGAAAGCCUACUGCCAUCAACACCAACCUGCCGGUUCGCACGCCAAGCAUACAUUCCGCCCGUUUGAUCGAAGUAACCAGCCCCCGUAGUCCGGCGGUGGGUUCGCGACGCAAUUCGGUCGUCAUUGCGGAGUCGGCCCGCCACUCCAGCCCGUCACGCGCCAGUCGCACGGUCACCCCGCCGGCUCCAGAGGAUCGAUCAGAGCAGCUUUUUGAUAGCAGCUCAAGUGGCAGGUUGGCUGUCAGUCAGGGAGCUAGGUCUGGGCUGGUGGCAAGCGCCUCUAUUUCCGAGACUGAAGAGCCUACCGAUAGGAACUAUGCUGUUUCACCGAUCACACCUGUCACUCCCGCUGUUCGAGCAGGAAUUAGCCUGCCGACCGUCCCAGAGCCAGUGACAAAGGACCGGUACGAAUCAGUGGAUACGGCCGCGGAUGGUUAUAUACCGGAGCCUUCCACGCCCCCCAAACCUAUCUCAAAAGUCAGCGUAUUGCCCGCCACGUCUUCGCCUGUGUCAACUGCGUCGAUAACCAGCGGUACCUUUUUCAUUGAAUCCAUGCCGGUGUUGCCAGAGGGGAGAGAAGUUACAGGGUCGCCUCGAUCAGACAGCCAUCAGUAUCGCUCCUCUCCCUCCACGCAGCCUCCUGCUGUCCCAGAACGAAGCGCAGGGAGGCAAGCCGUUGCCAACACGUCUGCUCUGCGCCAGCCUGCAACUAUCGGCCAGGUGUCCGUAGAGCGUUCUCGUGCUCGCAGUCCGUCUCAGGGAUCCUCCUCUCGGCCUCGCGAGUCCUCAACGGGACGAAACCGGCAACAAGCUUCGUCUGACUCACCGUCAUCGACCAAACUGAAAGCGGUUCGGACCUCGGAAGAGGGCAUGCAAGCCCGUAUAGACGUCGUACGCGACUUUGAAGAACUCAUCCAAAGCGACCAAACGAUACAGUACACAUUAACUCCUGAAAGCAUGCGUGACCUUGAGCCCCAAUCCCAACCAGGUCGAUCGGUCGCCGCUGUUAGCCCAGCCGUCUCGGUUAAGACGCGCAAGAGCGGAGAGGUUCGCCGAAACGGGUCCCGCUCCCGUUCGUCCUCUGUCCCCCGAAACGGCGCGAGAACGCCAACAUCGGCACCUCGUUCGCCGGGGUCGGGAUCGCAUUCCAUCACCGACGUGCACCAAACGAACAGGAACUUCAGCACCAGCACAGGUAAACAUGGCGGUGUCAUUCCACGAUCUAUUCCCCCGGUGCCGUCGAAACCCCGAUCCACGAAUGGGCCUCAGGCUAGAGACCCGAGGCUCGCCCGUGAGUCUAUGGCUGAAUUUGCCGACUUCAUCCGAUCGACCGGUCCUCCUGGCGGUAGCUCCACUUCUAUCACUGGAACCGCAAGACCAGGAAGGGUACGAAACCCCGGGUCUGUCUCCAAUCUCAGUGUCGAGACUGGCCGGAUGUCCACGACAAGCAACCCCAACCGGCCGAAGCUCCAACCUCGCGGUGCGGCCGUCGACCACAAGGACGACAAUUCCGACUUGAUUGAUUUCAUCCGACGCGGGCCGCCGAGCAGCACGGGCAACCCGCGUAUCCCGAGGACUGUUGCUCCAUUCCGGACCACCAUGGACUCGGAUCAGUUGUCUUCGGCGGUUGGAGGCAGAGCCGUGGAUGCCCAACUGAGGGAUAUCGAGUUCAGGGGCAGUCAAGGCUCCACAAACGCCACCGAAUCCUCGGUGCCACCUUCCGUCCAGUCCUCUAUCAACUCCCACAGUGCUCUGCUGGCUAAGAACAAGCCUAUGUCAUAUGUUACGACAGACAGCGACAUGCAGAUGCCGAAGCGCAAAACUCGCCGCAAUCUCGACCCGUACGCGAUCGACCUGAGCGAUGAAGAACUCGAAGACGACGAGGAGCCGGCACCGUUGCCAAAGAAGAAGGGCCAGGGUCAGGAGGAGAGCCUGAUCGAUUUCCUAAACAACUACGCGCCGCCACCAGAGCCAACCGUGCAACCCUUCAACAUCAAGCAGACACGGAACGCGUCCCAGCCAAAGAAGAAGGCUAGUGCGUCAAGUCUGAUGGCCAGAUUUACGAGACGGGAUAGCACACAAUCGAGCACUUUGGCGUCAGCUCAUUCUUCUAGCCCUAAGCUCACUGAGUCUAGGAGCAUCAAUAGUCGGGCUAGCGGGGCCAAGGGUGGCCACGUCCCUAUCCAGGUGAACAUACCUAGCGCCCCGAACUACGCUCACCCAGCCCGGACUUCAUCCAAGGCGGCGGCCAUGAUGGGCGGGGGUCCAGGUGUUACUGGAGGGCGGGUGCCGAUGAAAAAGUUUGAACCUCGCGAGGCCACCUCAAUGUCCAGUCGGGAAACGUCAGAUUUGGCCGAUUUCCUAAAGAACUCGGCUCCGCCGCCUGGCGCAACACCGAUGGCGAACCAGUUCCCCGGGCCGGCGGAGAGAGACGAAGCGAACGGUAUAUCCAAGGUGUUUGGUAGGAGGAAGAAGCCCAGCAUUUCCUAA